UGUAGGUCAUACAAUCCCUGUAAGCUGAGCAACCCACAAUGUCCUCUGUGCCGACCAAGUCGUGGAGCAUCCAGUUGCGCGAACUGGCCAACUCGCCCUUCGUCAUAAUCGCGCUGACCUGUGUCCUGGGAUACGUGGUCUACCGCCAGACCAGGCGCCAGCAUGGAACCUACGACGAUGAGGACUACGAGAACGAGGGGCACCGCAAGCUGCCGGCUCCGCUCACUGGACUCCGUCUCAACCGGAAGCAGUUGGCCAAGUACAACUCGCAGCGCCCGGAUAAAACCUACUUGCUGGCCCUUCACGACGUCAUCUACGACGUCUCGAGUGCCGAACAUAUGUUUGGACCUGGUGGAAAAUACGCCGAGCUAGCGGGAACCGAAAUAUCGGAUUUCAUAAAAAAACAAGCGACCUCCGUGAUGCCUGAAACUGAGUCCAGUUACGACGACUGGGAAAUGAUGCUGGAAGACUUCUUCCAUCCCGCUGGUGUGCUUAUCGACGUGGACAAAGAUCUGAUCACUGAUAGUGUGGAUAAAAUGGACUCAAUUGUGGAAGCAUCAAGCGAGGACGAGGAUGGCAAAGGUGCUGGGGAGCAGCAGAUGGAGCUGGUGAGGGAGCCGGCAAAGAAGCCUGAUCCGAAGCCGGAGCUACUGCUUCCCGAAAUUCCGGACCUGAACCUGGGCCCAGCCGAUGAUGCCAUCAACUCCGAUUGCGAUUCCCUACGCACUGCCUUCGAUUUUCCACCAGGCCAGGAUGAUCGCGUGGAUGAGCAGGACGAAGAUGACGAUGACGAUGGGCAUGACGUUGAGAAGGACAGGGACGAGGAUGAUGAAAAGGAGGAGGAGAAGGAGAAGGAGUCCUACCGUCAAGUGGGCCAGGGCGAUGGUAAUGCCCGACUCGGCGACGAUGAGACCUUACCAGAUGGGCCUAGCAACCAGACCAUAUGGAAUGACGCAGAUGUAACGGUGGUGGCCAGGGCUUAAACACCCCCAUCUUCACACGCCGCCCAUCGAAAUCCAGCCAAAAGUGGCACUUAACCCAUCAUAAGCUCCCAUAUAUGAACUUAAGCCCUUAGCCGUAAUAACACAAACACAAACAAAUAC